AUGGGGUGGACUUACAAUACCCUCAAUCCUCAUGCCGAAACCGACGCUCCAACGAUUGCUGCGGUAGGAAUUACAUUUACGACAGCCUCUUUCAUCAUAAUAUGUCUUCGCAUGUAUGUUCGGGGAUUUAUGAUUAAGGCUGUAGGAGUCGGUGCGUUUACUUGUUAUGGAAUGACUGGUUUUGACGAAGAGCAAGUCGGCAAGUCAUCUAAUCUUGGUGUAGCCUUGCUCACUUGGGUUUCUGAUUGUAUCUCUACUGCAUUUCGGGGCGCAAUAGAGGCUGACACUGGUAACAGAAACGAGAUGGGGACUUGGACUUCAACAUCUCGCAGAUAUGCCGGACAAGAACAUCUUCAACUUCGGAGUGGUAAGAUCCUGAUAUGCUCUUCAAGUACAGCUUCAAUACUAACAAUCUCCAAGCUUCAAUAUGCAGGGGCUCCAUUCUACAUUAGCAGCAUCUGGGGGUUCAAGCUUUCUCUGCUCUUUUCAUUCCUGCGCAUUGCGGCUGAGAAGAAAUAUAAGAUAGCUAUUAUUGGACUUAUGGUUGCCUGCACCAUUUUCAACCUCUGCUUUCUAAUAGUACAGCUCAACUUGUGUGCUCCUGCCGCGAAGCAAUGGGACCCAUCAAUUACCACAGGACAUUGUCUCCCAGCAGUUCCAUUUUAUACUAGCAUGGCCUCUAUUACGAUUGUAUUUGAUGUCCUGAUCAUGCUGACACCCUUCCCGAUGCUCCUCAAUUCGCGCCUUCCCAAUCGCAAGAAAGUGGCCAUUCUCGGCAUUUUCUCCCUCGGAACCUUCGUCACCGCAAUUCAAAUCAUCCGAAUCCAAUCAAUCAAAUCCCUCGCCAACUAUAUCGACAGCUCCAAACUCAUUAUGUGGUCUAUGGUGGAAAAUAAUCUGGGCAUAAUGGCCGCCAGUAUUCCGCCUCUUGCGCCCCUCUUCCGUUCCUUCCGUGACAAGAGCUCCAAGGGUAAUUCGCGAACGCCAAUGCCAGGUCGAGCAUCGAGUUAUAUUCUGCAGAGCAUGAGGCCUCAUAAGGACGGUCUGUUAGAGCUGGGAAGGGGUAAUGAUGGCAGUCAAAGUUACAGCAAUACUAUCACUGGUGGAACGACACAGGGCACUAGCGACGAGUUCACUCGGGAUUCAACCAUUCUGAAAACGACGGAAGUGGCUGUUGAAAAGCAUGGAGAGUAG